GCCACUUCCGUAUUCAGCUCGCCAAUAUUACUGGAAAAUGAAACCGGUGUUACUUCUUGUGAUUUCAUCCUGUAAAGUUUCUUUCCGUGACAAGUGCUGAGCAAAGAUGUCUAAACCGAAAUUGGUAGUUUUUGACCUCGAUUACACUCUCUGGCCGUUUUAUGUGGACAGUCAUUUUGACCCACCUUUCCACAUAGAUGACAGUGGCACGGUGUGGGAUUCAAGAUUUGCCGAGGUUUCCAUCUACCGGGAUACUGAAAAGAUCCUGAGUUCACUCCAAAGUCAGGGAUUCAAGAUCGGCAUUGCAUCACGAACCAGCGAGGUGGAGGGAGCCAAACAGCUGCUGUCACUCUAUAAUCUCAACCAAUACAUUUCCUUCAAAGAGAUCUACCCCGGGUCAAAGGUCAAGCACUUUAAAAGUCUGAAAUCUGACAGUGGAGUCCCGUUUUCUGACAUGAUGUUCUUUGAUGAUGAGGACAGGAACAUCUUGGAGGUCGGCAAACUGGGAGUUCACUGCGUGUUGGUUCGUGAUGCGAUCACCUGCGAUUUAGUCAACAAAGCACUCGAGGAGUUCAGCAAGAAGCAAUGACAACAUUGCAGAGAUGCUGCUGUGGAUUGUUGCUUCAUGACAGCUGCUACAAAAACAGAUAUAUAUGUUCAAUGGUUCCAAGUUUAACUGGUAACUGUACAGCACUUACACUGUAACUGUAAAACAAGGUCAAUGUUUUUAAAUGUAUGAAACUUUUAAAGUUGUACAAAGAAUACAUGGAAAAAUAAAUGUUCAUAUUGUUUUAUUUCAAGUUUCAAGGAUGCAACUUUGCCCUUAACUGACGAAUCACCCCUGUAUUUUCUUCUAACCGAGUUAGCCACAAUUCCCUCAUCAGUUUCUUCCUCUUCUGUAAAGGCAAUGGUCUUAAAGGAAUAGUUCACACACAAAUUUAAAUUCUCUCAUCAUUUACUCACCCUCAUGCCGUCCCAGAUGUGUGACAUUCUUAGAAGAACAUUUCAGCUCUGUAGGUCCGUACAAUGCAUGUG